CAGUAAGAUGAAGUUCAGUAGGUUGUAACAGUGGCUGGGGGCGGACACAGCAGGACUCUCCUCUGCUGUCCUGCGGUAACAUUGUUGUGGAACGACGUCACAGCUCGAAAAUGAAGGCGCAGAGGCAGCCAUUACUGGAGCUUCUCUAAUUAUUUUAUUCCAAAUAAAUACUCGCGGAAAACCCCAUGGCAAGAGCUACAAGUCAGCUGUAUGAUGUUGUGCCCAUUCAGCCCAACGUUGCCAUCUGUUCCUGCUCACAUUCAUCAAUGUUAAGAAACCACCCUGACUCCUGCUCGCCACUCGCUAUCCCCGGCGCAAGCAGCAGUCACUGCCCUGCUAUGGAGGGCUCAGCCUCAGAGGCUCGUGCUGUAGGAGCGUCUGCUAGCAGCCAGGGCUCAGAUGUCCGUACACAGCCAGCCGUCCAGGCUCCUCAGCCACGCAAGAAGAAACCAGAAGAUUUCAAGUUUGGCAAGAUUCUCGGAGAGGGCUCCUUCUCAACGGUCGUCCUGGCAAGAGAGCAGGUCACAGCAAAAGAAUAUGCAAUUAAGAUUUUAGAAAAGCGCCACAUUAUGAAGGAGAACAAAGUCCAGUACGUGAGAAGAGAAAGGGAUUUGAUGUCAAGUCUUGAUCACCCUUUCUUUGUCAAGCUCUACUUCACAUUUCAAGACGAUGAGAAGUUGUAUUUUGGUCUCAGCUAUGCCAAGAAUGGCGAGCUUCUGAAAUACAUUCGCAAAAUUGGUUCAUUUGAUGAGAACUGUACACGAUUCUACUCGGCAGAAAUAGUUUGUGCUCUAGAAUACUUACACAGUAAGGGGAUAAUACACAGAGAUCUGAAACCCGAAAAUAUUCUUUUGAGUGAAGACAUGCACAUCCAGAUAACAGAUUUUGGAACGGCAAAGCAGUUACCAUCGGAGAGUAAACAAGCCAGAGCAAACUCUUUUGUUGGGACAGCACAGUAUGUGUCCCCGGAGUUACUAACUGAGAAAUCGGCCUGCAAGAGCUCAGACUUGUGGGCUUUGGGAUGUAUUAUCUAUCAGCUGGUGGCUGGUUUACCACCAUUCAGAGCUGGAAAUGAGUAUCUAAUAUUCCAGAAGAUCAUUAAGCUGGAAUAUGAAUUCCCAGAGAAAUUCUUCCCCAAAGCCAAGGACCUUGUUGAACAGCUUUUGUCGUUGGACCCAUCCAAGCGGAUUGGAUGCGAGGAGAUGGGAGGGUACGACCCUCUGAAACAGCAUCCCUUCUUCGACACCAUUUCCUGGAGUGAUCUGCACCUACAAAUACCCCCUAAGCUCAAGCCCUUCCUGCCAGCUAUGUCUGAGGAUGAUGAGGACUGCUAUGGAAAUUACGAUGACCUCCUGAGCCAGUUCAGCAACAUGCAGGUGGCCCAGUCCAGCUCAUCACACUCCCUAUCGCCACACGACUCUACACCCCCGCAGAGAUCCAGCAGCAACAUUGAACAGUACAUCCACGACCUGGACAGUAACUCAUUUGAGCUGGACCUGCAGUUCACCGAAGAAGAAAAGCAAUUAUUGCUGGACAAACAAACCACUGGGAACCCCUGGCAUUCAUUUGUGGAGAACAACCUGAUCCUGAAAAUGGGCCCAGUAGAUAAACGCAAGGGUCUGUUUGCUCGUCGGAGACAGCUGCUUCUCACUGAAGGACCACACCUCUACUACGUGGAUCCUGUCAACAGGGUCCUGAAAGGCGAGAUUCCCUGGUCCUUCGAGUUACGCCCAGAAGCUAAGAACUUUAAAACCUUCUUUGUUCACACGCCCAACCGAACAUAUUAUUUGAUGGACCCCAGUGGAAAUGCAGACAGAUGGUGUAAGAAGAUCCAGGAAGUGUGGAGAAAGAUCUAUCAGAGGCACCAAAACCCUGGCCUAUAGGAGCACAUUUCAUUCUGUGCCCACUCCUUUUCUUCUUCUUCUUUUUCUUUUUUCCCUCUUUUUUUAUUUUAUUUUAAAAAAGCUCUGAGGCCAAUCACUGAGCAGAGUAACACCCUCUUUAGUGCCCUUCAUCACCGCAAUGUAAACAAACUCUUAGAGACGCUGGCAUCUAGACCUUGUUUGUUUUCCUUAGUAGAACCAUGGGGAAACUACUACUUUGGAUUCAGGGUUGCUUUGCUUGUUCUUUGUGCUCUCUGUGAGGCUUCUGUUGCAUUUUCCAUGUAUGGAUGAUAAGACUUCCACCAUGCACAUCUGCUUUUUGUACAUUCUGUAGAAGGGGGCGGGGGGGAUAGGGUAUAGGCAAGCUUGUCUUGUCAAGUGACACAAGCUUGGGUACUGCUAGGACUAUCUCAAAUGCAAGGACUGGUUUCCUGCUACUACGAUAAUACAAAAUCUAGCUCUUGUGAACAAGAGCCUGUCAAGAUAUUUUAAUUAAACCAUAUCCUAAUCCUGCAUCGUAUGUACAAGCUGUUGUAAAAACCCAACUUUUAGCGCUAUACUUCAUAGAUGUAACAAACCGUAAAAUGAUUCAGUCUCAUGCUUUUAACCAACUCAAAUCCUAUAUAUAUAUAUUUUUGUCAGAGCCUAUAUGUCCCCAAGGUGUUUGAGUUGUUAUUUUGUUUUUCAGUCUCCUGGUACUUGCUUAUUGCAGUCCAAUUAAAGUAUCUGUGUAUCAAAGCACAGUCCUGGUCUGCAGUAAGCCAUGGAUCUGAACCAGUCUGUAAGUGUAAGCCUUCCAUAGCUGUUACUGAGGAUGUUUUUCUGCUAACGGGGUGGGUAAACAUACCACUAGCUUGUACUUCUUUAUCAUAACGUUACUUAUAUUUCCUGCAUGGCCAGUUUUGUAGUUCAGCCUUGUCUGCUUCUUUCUUAGGGCACUGGAGAUAUAGGUUUUUUUUUUGUUUAAAGCUGGGUAUCUUCGACUGCAUUGGCAACCAUCGCAAAUAUUAUUGGAUGACUUGGUUUUUUUUGUACCAUUCACUGGCUUUGUAGUGUGAAUUCUUCAACUUCUUUUUUGGUGGACUAGUCGGCUCCUCUUCAGUACGUCCUAUUGAAAAUAAAAAUCUCAUGUGCUGACCACCCCAUGCUGAACAGGGAACCUCCUUCAAAAGAAAUACAUACACAUAUACUAUCAUUCAUGGAAGCAAUCGCAGAAAAAGCUGUCGUCCCUGGACAAGAUGGCAAACUGCCUCAUGGGGCUUACAGGCCUUUUUUUUUCUUUUUUUUCCCUCUCCCCCAAUUCUGAUGUUUGGCCCAACAGAAAUGAAAGCCUUUUUUUUUUUUUUUUAAGCAAUAUGUAUUAUCAUAAUGCUUUUAAUUUUGACAUAAUACCUUAAGGCCCUUUCUAAAGGCCCUCCUCCUUCAGAUGAGUCUGUGUGUGCAGUGUGUGACUGGAGUACAGGUGAACAGGACCCUGGGGCCCUGCUCUCAAUGUGGUUGCAUGUCAGUUAAAGCUGUCUUUCUCAGCUCUGGUCUUCAGAGCACACAGCAUUGCCUGUUUUCCAUGUCUUCUUCUCCAACACGUGAUUUGAAUAAAUGGGUUGGCUCUUUUAGCAACGCAGCAGGCUGAUGGGACCCUUUCAUUUAAAUCUGUUCUGCUGGAGCAUGGCAACAUGGAAAACAUGCAGGUUAAUGUACCCUGAGAACCAGCGCUGGAAAAUGAUGAGUUAAACGAUAUCUCUCUGAUCCAAAUGACCGAUUAAAUUGCUGUAUCUGUCUAUAAAGUUGAGGAAACACCACAAAAGUGUUUUCUUCCAAAUAGAUAAAUUGUCUGAAUCAAGUCGAUGGCAGUCGGUUACAUUGUGUAUGGAAUACUCUACCUGGCUUGUAACUGACUAGAACUGUGAUGUACAGAUGAUGUAUUAUUAAAUCUGAAGCAAGUAAUGCAAUGAUAUUAGGAUACAGUUUUUGUAUUUUUAUUCUUGUAUAAGGUUAUUGAUGGCUAUUGUUUAGCCUAUAGUUCAUUCUGUGUUAUUUAAAUUCUAAUAUAUGAAUCAUAUUUGGAUUGAAGUCAUGUUCAGGGGCCAUGUUGUGUAUGUAUUGAGAUGUAAAGCCUUUGAAUGUGAAUAAUUAUUGUAAACUAUAAUAUUUUACAGCUUUUUUUCUUACUAUAUCAUACAUUUUCUAUUUGCUCAGUGAUUUAAUCAUAUUCUGAUAAUUUAAUGAAUCUGUUCAUUCUCUCUCUGAUUAUUUGUGCGCUAGGUCAGUAGAUGUUGAAUGAUGAAUUUUCCACUUAAUGCUUGGUAGUCCAGUAAUUAAAGCAUGUAGGGAUUUAGGCAUUCAGAUGAAAGCCACGUGUCCUGUCGUCUGUUAACAAUCUUGGUCACGACACAAACGGCGUCUAAGGCGGCGACAUCUCUCGUUCUGCAACAUGUAAAUAAAGAACCAGCCCAUUA